GUCAGUCACAACUUCCGCACGUUCACAUUCACAAAAACCCUAUCCAGUUGGGGCACAACUAGCCACGCAGUCUGAUUCUCAUUUCAUUCCACCGCUCUCUCCAGCGAUAGUUACGCUUUUCAAAAAACCAGAAUUUUUUGCAUAAGACACCUUGAACACCGGAGACAUGUGGUUGUCUGAUGCACAAAAAAUCGGCGUGGCCCUUACGACCUUCGGGACACUGUUCAUGUUCCUUGGUGUCAUGCUGUUCUUUGACGCUGCUUUGCUAGCGCUAGGAAAUAUGCUUUUCUUGUCUGGUCUCACCUUGAUUAUUGGCCCUCAAAAGACAUUUUACUUCUUCGCGCGAAAGCAGAAGCUUCGAGGAACAGCAUGCUUCAUUGGCGGUAUUCUGCUCGUGUUUAUGAAGUAUGCAUUCAUUGGAAUGAUUGUUGAGAUAUUUGGUUUCUUAAACCUAUUUGGUGACUUCUUCCCCGUGGUCGUGACAUUCCUGCGCCAGUUGCCAUUCAUUGGCAACCUAUUGUCGUUGCCAUACAUUCGACCCAUCGUGGACCGUAUAGCAGGUUCAAGGACGUCGGCUGUGUGAAACAGCGAAUAGGCUCAUACAACAUCAGAUACCCACUCGGAAUUACAGCGGCAUUUACAAAUAAUCGUCUCAAUACAUGUCCAUGAGAUAAUUCCUGAGCAGCAUUGAAUGUCUUAUACUAGUUAAUGGGAUCACGGGUAUGCUCUUCCUUCAUCAUGGUCGAACUUCUCAUGCGACCGCAAUCAAUUCGUCACUUGAUGCUAUCUUUUAACUGUUCGAUCGUGCUUUAGCAUCAUUGGAGAGCGAGUCGGCCAGACAGAAAUCAGCUGCAUGCGUUGGUGGACAGCUCGUCGGGUUCCACUCUUCCUUAUCUGUUUAACAAACAACAGUACCGUUGAAUAGGACAAUGUAAGUUUGCUUUCGAGGCCAACAAG